UUUAAUGCAGUGCGUAAAUAUUUGUUCGAUUUGACGUGACUUCCGCGCGUACAGGUGGCGUAAUAAACUCGUGAAACUUUCGCGAAGUUUUCGAGCGAUUUAUCGAGUUUGUUGGAAGCAAAAACAGCUUAAGUGAGUGCAUUGGAACUUUGAAAAAUACUAGACAUACGUAUUGGAUCGUGGCGAUUUUACUUGACGUAUUGGGUGCUAGAUCUGAAAUGACUACGUCCCAUCUGGUCUAAUGUCCACGUUCUCUCCAGCAAUUCCCCAGCUUUUGCUCAUCCUCUAAACAUCUAACUUAUAUCUUCAAAAUUCCCACCUAUCGUUUCCUAAUGCAUCCGCCUCUCCAAGGCUGUAACAUCUCAGAAGAAGCCUGGCCGAGGGCGACCAUGUGCGACCAAGUCCCGAGCUACACUUCGUAUCCAAACUAUCAGGAAUUCAUUAACGAGAUUUCGAGAAAUGUGAGGACCGAGAAUCACAGCCAGGACGUGGUGGACACAGCUAGCCCUUAUAUUUAUUGCUCCAAGUUGCCGGAGCACUGGCGUUCUAACAAAACGCUGCCUCACCCAUUCAAAGUGAUCUCGGCUACCGAUGUGGUGGACGGUACCAAAGUGGUGGUGCAGGCCGGUAAUGACGAGAACGAUUGUGCGGAAAUGAAGAAUUUCUGUUCGAGUAUGAAGAAUAAUGUGGCGCAGUUCAACGAUCUGAGGUUCGUGGGUAGAAGUGGAAGAGGAAAGUCGUUUUCUAUUACGAUUACGAUAUUCACCUCGCCACCAGUUGUGACUAUGUACUGUAAGGCUAUCAAAGUUACAGUGGAUGGUCCAAGAGAACCCAGAACAAAACCUAGUCACGGGCAUACCAACUACCCUACUUUAAACUCCCUACACUUAGGUAGGAGGCCGUUCGAGAACACUUUCAAUGCCUACGCGCCUAGCAAGCCAAAGAGGAGUUCACCUACCAGUAGUACAAGUAGUUACAAAACAGAACCUCAAGAUAAUCUCAAUGGUCCAAAUAUGUCCACUUCCCCAUAUCAACCACCUAGUUGGCACGACGGCAACGGCUAUUCUUAUGUUUCACAAAAUUUAUAUGAAACGCACGACUUGCCAUUAGGUAAUACACAAUAUAUUAUACCAGACCAAUCCAACGAGUUUUUGAGCUCCUCUUUCGCUAGAACCUCACCUCCGUCGUCUUACCCCAAGUCUGACCCACUGGACACGUCAUAUCCUAGUCGAGGUUACCACCAGGACACUUCGUAUAUACCGAACAACUGCAGUCUUCAAGACAAUACUUACAACUACAAUUAUUACAACUCCUACAUUCAUCCGCCGUACUUCGGGCCACCCGCAAUGCCCCCACAAGCAAUCAUUUCCACGUACCAACAAAAUCAAGUUCAUAUUCAUAUUAACCAAUCCCCUUGUAGAAGCGAUUAUUUGGCAUCUGAGAGUGCUCUGCCGGUUGAGGAUACCAGGCAACAUUCUGUUCCAGUACAUAAUAGUGACCUAAUAAAUAGUGUGGUAGCUGAACCGAUACAAGAACCUUCUAGAGUUGAGAAUUCCGGACAGGAACCUAAAAUUGUUUGGCGACCACCUUGCUUCUAGUAAAGCUUGCUAGGUAUAUAGAGGGUGACAAUUUGGAAGUAGCAAUCGGGAAUAUACUUAAUGUAGUCACGCACAUACCUACAGUUUUUCCUGAAAGUAAAUCUGCAAAGUGUAGGAUUGGAUGUUUCAUUUUAAAUGCGGAUGACCCAGAUACGGGCUAAGAAUAUUUUGUACAUACAUCUGUUCGUAACUAGCAUAUACAGAGUGUUUCAUAAAACAUGUGCCAUCUCUCGUGGGGUGAUUCCUCACGUAAAAAUAUGAUUUACCGACAUAGUUCCGAUUCUGCUAUGUUUCAUAGCUACAGGAGGUUAAUGUCUUAAUUUCUUUUUCAUUUUAAUUUUCUUCCAAGUACUUUUAGCGAUUAGAAUGAAAUUUUGAGGGUAACAGUUAGUAUAAGUGUUAAAUAUUUUAGUACUAAAAAAGAGUCAACAGAUUUACCAAGGACGUGCAAAUGGGUGUCACUACAAUAUUUUUUUAAACAAAAGACAUGGUGCGUCACUAAUUUUUUUUUCUUUUAGCAUUGUAUAGGCCGUUUAACGCCGAUUAUAAGACGCAUCUUGAUAUUUUGUCAAUUUCAAUCUCCAUCAUAAACGCAAUUUAUUUAAUAACAACUAAGAAACUUUAAAUAAAAAGGAAAUUAAUAAAUUAAUUAUUUAAUUUAUUCUAUUACUAAAAUUUAUAACACCGAUGUACAGUGAACUAUGCAUUUCUGCGCCCAUGUUUAUAGGAACUUUUUUUCGUAUUUUUUGAUGAGGAAUUAAUGAGUGUAAUACUUUGUCCAGAUAAUGACACUGCAUUUGUUUAACUAUUAUUUUCUUAUUACUACUAUUAUUAUCUUAUCUAAACUAUGUUGAUAUACAGGGUGGCGCACCUCAUCCGCCUCCAAGUGCGGAUAGAGGAAUAUAUUUUAGGGGGGGCCCAAAAUAAAAAGCAAUGGAGAAUAAGCUUUUUAGGGCACCAUUUUUAACCCAAAAGCCUAAUAUUUUAUACAAUUUACGGACUUUAGG